AUGUCUCUGUGCCAGAACCGCUUAACAGAAGAAAGAAAGCAAUGGCGCAAAGAUCACCCAUUCGGGUUUUAUGCCAAACCGCAUCGGACCCCCCAGGGCGUCCUGGACCUGAAGCGCUGGGAGUGCGGAAUUCCGGGAAAAGCUCAAACGAUCUGGGAGGGUGGCCUGUUCAAACUCGAUGUCAUUUUUCCUGACGAAUAUCCGACAAAGCCCCCCAAAUGCAAAUUCGUCCCUCCUCUCUUCCACCCGAACGUGUACCCUUCCGGCACCGUCUGUCUGUCGAUUUUGAACGAAGAAGAAGCCUGGAGGCCUGCCAUUACCAUCAAGCAAAUUCUGCUCGGUAUCCAGGACCUCCUCGAUGACCCGAACCCAGAAUCUCCGGCGCAGGCAGAAGCGUACAAUCUGUUCCGCAAAGACCGCCCCGCAUAUGAAAGACGCGUUCGACAGGUUGUGAGAGAAAACCCUGCUCUUUAA